GCAUCACCGGUACGAAGGAGGAUUCCUCACUCUUUUCUCCUCUCUCUUUUCCUCACUGUAUGAGCUCCUGGCAGCACGCAACCUCUCCAACUCUGCGAAAUUCACGCCAAGAAGUCGGAAACUUUUCACUUUUUCACAAUUAUCAGGAGAAUAGAUAAGUAAAAUGGCUAAAGCUCCAGCUAUCGGGAUUGAUUUGGGGACUACGUACUCCUGCGUGGGAGUGUUUCAGCAUGGAAAGGUCGAAAUCAUCGCUAACGACCAGGGGAACCGGACCACCCCCUCGUACGUCGCCUUCACUGAUACAGAACGUCUUAUUGGAGAUGCUGCCAAGAAUCAGGUGGCAAUGAACCCGACAAAUACAAUUUUCGAUGCGAAGCGGUUGAUUGGGCGAAAAUUUGAAGAUGCUCCUGUCCAAUCUGACAUGAAGCACUGGCCAUUUGAGGUGAUCAGUGAUGGUGGAAAACCCAAGUUGCAAGUUGACUAUAAGGGAGAAUCUAAAACCUUCUUCCCUGAAGAAAUCUCGUCCAUGGUUCUCACCAAGAUGAAGGAAACGGCGGAAGCCUACUUGGGAAAGACGGUCACCGAUGCUGUCGUCACUGUCCCUGCUUACUUUAACGAUUCUCAACGUCAAGCGACGAAAGAUGCUGGGACUAUUGCUGGAUUGAACGUAUUACGAAUUAUCAACGAGCCCACCGCCGCUGCUAUUGCUUACGGUUUGGACAAAAAGGGCAAAGGCGAACGUAACGUGCUCAUCUUCGACUUGGGUGGGGGAACUUUUGAUGUUUCGAUUCUGACGAUUGAGGAUGGAAUCUUUGAAGUAAAGUCUACUGCUGGUGACACCCAUUUGGGAGGAGAGGACUUUGACAACCGAAUGGUCAACCAUUUCACGGAAGAGUUCAAGAGGAAGUAUAAGAAGGACUUGAAAACUAACAAGCGAGCUCUUCGUCGUCUUCGAACUGCUUGCGAAAGGGCCAAGCGAACUCUCUCCAGCUCUACCCAGGCCUCGAUCGAAAUCGACUCUCUCUUUGACGGAAUUGACUUUUACACGUCCAUUACCCGGGCUCGUUUCGAGGAGCUGAAUGCUGAUCUUUUCCGUGGAACUUUGGAACCUGUUGAGAAAUCUCUCCGAGACGCCAAGAUGGACAAGUCUCAGAUUCACGACAUUGUCUUGGUCGGUGGAUCCACUCGUAUCCCCAAGGUGCAAAAGUUGCUUCAAGAUUUCUUCAACGGAAAGGAGUUGAACAAGUCGAUCAAUCCGGAUGAGGCUGUUGCGUACGGAGCUGCUGUUCAAGCCGCCAUUCUUCACGGAGAUAAGUCUGAAGAGGUUCAAGAUUUGCUUUUGCUCGACGUCACUCCUCUCAGUUUAGGAAUUGAGACUGCCGGAGGUGUUAUGACGACUUUGAUCAAGCGAAAUACCACCAUUCCAACCAAGCAGACUCAGACUUUCACCACCUACUCUGAUAACCAACCAGGUGUGUUGAUCCAAGUCUACGAAGGUGAGCGAGCCAUGACAAAGGACAACAACUUGUUGGGCAAGUUCGAACUGACUGGAAUCCCACCUGCACCACGUGGAGUUCCCCAAAUCGAGGUCACUUUCGAUAUUGAUGCCAACGGUAUUUUGAACGUGACUGCCAUCGAGAAGAGCACGGGCAAGGAAAAUAAGAUCACCAUCACGAAUGACAAGGGUCGUCUCAGUAAAGAAGAUAUCGAACGGAUGGUGAACGAGGCGGAGCGGUACAAGGCUGAUGAUGAGAAGCAGAAGGAUAGAAUAGGUGCCAAGAACAGUUUAGAGAGCUACUGCUUCAACCUUAAGAGUACCGUUGAGGAUGAGAAGGUCAAGGAUAAGAUUCCAGAGGAGGACCGAAAAACAGUGAUGGACAAGUGCGAAGAGGUCAUCAAAUGGCUCGAUGCUAACCAACUUGCUGAGAAGGAGGAAUUCGAAGACAAGCAGAAGGAACUCGAGAAAAUCUGCAACCCCAUCAUUACAAAAAUGUACGCUGCCGGUGGUGGUAUGCCUCCUGGCGCUGGAGGCCCAGGAUUCCCUGGUGCUGGAGCUCCCGGAGGUGGUGCCGCCCCAGGCGCAGGAGGAGCUGGGGGACCCACGAUUGAAGAAGUUGAUUAAUGCCACUCACGUUAAUUUCUAUUCAUAAUAACUUAAAUUAUUACUGAUAAUAAUAAGAAUUACUUUGAAACUUAUGAUACAACUUGUACAAGCUCCACAUAUACUAGAUAGCAUUCAACCCCCUAAAAAUUCCUGUUUUUUCUUCUUUUUCACCGAUGCCAGCUUGUUGAAAGUCUUGUGGUUUUACACACUGAUGAAUACGACUGUAAUAUUCACGACUUUGUGUUAACUUUAAUAAAUAAAAAAAUAAUGUAAAAAAUACACGAAAGUAAAAGUUGUGUAACGUUAAUGGAAGGAUGCUUAUUAUUAUUGUUGCAUAUAAUAAUAAUUAGUUAGUUAGUUAGAUGUUUUUUUAACAAUGAUCCCUUCUUACAAACCACCCACGUUCUUUACCCCAGUAGUUCAGUGAUUAAAUAAAACAUGAGAAAAUAAUCGUGAUCUGGUCUUAAGACGUGAAAGGAAACACUGCUAUUUGUUAGUCUGAAUGCUCUCGUUUUAGAAGUUGGAAAGUAAGCAAGCAGGGAACUCCUCGAUGAAUGGUACAAUUUUGAUGUUAAAUGAAUUGAAUGAGUAUUAAUGUAAACGAAAUGUGGUAAACAUUUGAACAUUAAUGAACCAAAUAAAAAAUAAUCUUUAAAAACUCA